UUAAUAAUCAUGUCGGAUACCGUUAGCCCUAUUAAAUAUUUCUUAAGUGGUGGGUUCGGAGGGGUGUGUACCGUGAUAGCUGGCCACCCUCUGGAUACCAUAAAGGUACGGCUCCAGACGAUGCCAGUGCCAGGUCCCAACCAAUUGCCUCUGUAUUCUGGUACCUGGGACUGUGCUAAAAAAACAAUUACCAAAGAGGGAAUACGUGGUUUAUAUAAGGGUAUGGGUGCACCCUUAUCUGGUGUUGCUCCAAUAUUUGCGAUAAGUUUUUUUGGAUACAGUGUUGGAAAAAAACUGCAACAGAGUUUUCCAGAUGAAAAACUCUCAACAUUGCAAUUAUUUUACGCUGGUGCAUUUAGUGGCAUAUUCACGACAGUUAUAAUGGCUCCUGGUGAACGUAUCAAGUGUCUGUUACAAAUACAGCAUGCAGACAUAAAACCAAAAUAUAGUGGACCUUUGGAUUGUGUAAAGCAAUUGUAUCAAGAAGGAGGCAUCAGAAGUAUUUAUAAAGGCACUUGUGCUACUUUGUUAAGAGAUAUUCCAGCUAGCGGAAUGUAUUUCAUGACGUAUGAAUAUUUAAAAGAACAAUUUACUCCAGAAAGAGGAAAACUUAGUUUAUUGGCUACUAUAACGGCUGGUGGUUUUGCGGGCAUCGCAAACUGGCUAGUGGGGAUGCCACCUGAUAUCUUGAAAAGCCGCCUACAAACUGCACCGGAGGGUACGUACAAAAACGGAAUACGCGAGGUAUUUGUGGAAUUGAUGAAAAACGAGGGACCAAUGGCACUUUAUAAGGGUGUUGUACCUGUAAUGCUACGAGCUUUUCCUGCAAAUGCAGCUUGUUUUAUGGGCUUUGAAAUUUGCAUGAAAUUCUUGAAUUGGAUUGCACCAAAUUUAUAACUGCAGUUACGCGAUAUAAUUAUGGAAUUUUUGGAAAACAUUUUGAUUCAUACUCGAUAGAUGCAAAACGAUUAAUUUUAUUGUGAAAGAAGUAGAUUAAGAAUGAAUUUAUUGUUGCUUCACGAGAGUCUCGAGAAUGAAUCUUAAACUGAUGAUAUAUAUAAAAUGCUAAAAUUAUUUAAAAUGGAAUAAGAAUAUAAAAGAAUACAAGAAUAUACAGAGUAUCCCAUUUUAAAUGACGACCUCAAAUAUCUCUUGAACAAUUCAUUUUAGAGAAAAAUGUUUCAUUUUAGAGAAAAAAGUUUUGUGAUUUUGAGAGGAACAUAAAAGGAUGGUUUGAUCUUGGAUAGUUGUUUUAAGUUCAUAUAAAGAUUACCUUCAAUUUCUUAAAUGGAAACUCUCAUUUUUCAUUAUAUAUUCUUGUAGCUUAUCUUGAGAGCUUUCCAAAACGUUAUAAUAAACGUUUGUUUUUCAUUAAGUACUUUCCAAGUCAGAAAGUUUGAAUUUUAGAUACAAUUUGAUAUAAAGCAUAAAAUAUCUCAUAUUCAUUUUUUGGCAACUAUAUUUUAAUAUUUUUAUGCACAAGAUAACAAGAUGAAUCAAUUGAUGUGAAGAAAAGACGUAGUUGUUUUCAAAAAGAAUAUUUUAUUGCAUAUUGCAAGUCUUUAUUUUUUUUUUGCAUCUAUGUAUUUUCUUCACAUCAAUUGAUUUACCUCAUUAUUCUAUGCGUGAAAAUAUUAAGAUAUAGUUGCCAAAAAAUGAAUAGUUACGAGAUAUUUUAUAUUUUAUGUCAAAUUAUAUGCCAAACUUCAUAACUCAGAAAGUAUUCAAAGCUCGGUUAUCUCGCCACAAAACGUCAGAAUUGACGGUGGCGUCUGAGAAUGGCGAGAUUAUAAAACAAUGUAACUCUGAGGGUAACAAAUCAUUUAGGAUGACAAAUUCAAAACGGAACAUCACUUUCAGAACAAUGUACAUGGUAAUAUGCAUCAUAUUUCGUAUAACUCGAUGCCAUGUUUGACAAAUAGUCAAAUGUUAGAUGCAAGAUUGGAUUGGAAUAUAAUUCUUUCUUGAUAUGGAGGAUAUCAAAUUCUUACAGAUUUUGCCGAGUUUAAAAAAGUAUAUCAUUAUGUAUAUGAUACCAUGUUAUACUUCAACUGAGACAUUAUAAAGACAUUCGAUGCAAUCCUAAAGCAUUCGCGAGAAAA